AUGGAGAAUAGGCAGACAAGAGGGCGGCAAAAGAUUCCAAUGUCAAAAAUAGAAAACGAAGAUGAUCGCUGUGUGACAUUUUCCAAACGUCGCUCGGGUCUAUACAAAAAGGCAAGCGAACUUGUUGCAUUGUGCGAUGUGGACAUUGGAAUAAUAUUCUUUUCCCCUACAGGUAAACCUUACUCAUUUCUCCACCCUACAGCUGAAGCGGUCAUUGAUCGUUUUUUAAAUCCCAACUCACAAUUAAGUGAAAGCACUCACUUAAUUGCAGUUGAUUCACGAAACAAAGUGAAUGAACUCAACAAUUUGGGUAAUGAAUUGAUGAGCAUAGAAGAAGCUGCAAGAGCUCAAGCACUUCAACUUGAUGAAAUGAAAGUAAAUGGCCAAAAAGGUUGGUGGGAGUCAAUUGAUCAAUUUAACAAAGAGGAAGUAACAAGGUAUGAAGCUUGGUUGAAGAACAAUAUUUCAAAGAUGAAUAGUCGUUUGAAGCAGUUGGAAAACGAGGCUUCAUCUUCUUUGUGAAUAUCACCCCAAGUUAUUGUCACUUUUGAGAACCACAAACAACGACAAAUUUUUUAACUACAUAUUUUUAGGAAUUAUGUGAUGUAGCAUUUUUUAUGUCAUUCUUUUUAGUUUGU